CAUAUCCAAUUGUAUUAUCAUGUUCUUACCUGCCUCAUCUCUCUUUCCAGAUGGAAGAAAGAAAUUUACAAAUAGCUAGACUUGUAUCGAGCUUGCAGCAAAAAGAAAAAGUAACUCAAAAACCUUAG